UCCGCAGUCCUUCUCCCUUCUUCACCCGCACCUGCCCGCAUGCUCCCCGGGGUCGCAGGUGCGGACGACGGCUAAAUUCCACGCCCCGCGGAGGUCAGCCAGCUCUGGCAAGGGGAAGCAGAGGCGCAGUCCCGUGGCGCCCUCAGGCUGCUGUCCCAGGUUCUGCCUUUCUAGCUGAGGAGCAUGGAGGUAAUUCACCGCAGGCCCUAUUGCUGCAAGGAGCUCGAAGGAGCUGACAUAUUGUCAGAUACUUUUUACUCUAAUGAAUUGCACACUCCCCUACAAACAACUACUCGCCCAACUGCCUCAGAGGACAGGUAUCAGGAAUUGAGAGAGUCACUCCAACAAUGCAGGCUUCCAUGGGGUGCGGAAAGGGAAUAUGGUGGGAUAAUACCGAUUUCACUACCUGAGGAAUACAGGCCAAAAUGUGAACCUCAUCAUGUCAUGGGCAAAGGACAUCAGCAUUUUGGAUUUGGUGGAGAAAUCUGGCCACGAAAGCUUCCUAUUGAACAAUUCUAUUAUUUGACACAGAACAAAAAGAGUGAAGUCUAUGGAAAUGAUUCUUUGAUGCCCAAACCACCUAAUUCAACAGUAGGGGAAAUCUGCUCACCAUAUCCAGUUGAACAUCCCUACCAUACACACAUCUCUCAUGGUGCCAUGUUCCCAACCUUUACGUCACCUAAGGACAUCUACACUGGCAUUAAAGCCCGCAGCCAACAGCCAUUCCCUCCCACCAUGCCAACUAAAGCUUAUGAUACAACUGUUUUGAAGACAAGAGGUAAUCCUUACAGAUAUGAACUGCUUGACUUUCCCAUGGAUUCGAAGAAGAAAGCAUUGAGUUGGCCAGGUCAGGGUGUAUAUUAUGAUUUUCCUAAAUGUGUUGAGAAAAAUAAGCCAGUGUUCUACCCAAAACCUCCUAAAACUUUUGCUCCUAACACCUCUUUAAAUUCAUGGGACCCUAUUAACUCUGCAAGAGAAGCCAACAUACAAAAAAAUCUUGAGAGGUCCCACUGGAUCACUUCGUAUACUCAUGACUUUACAGGUCUGGGACCCAUGAAUCCCCUUGAACUGGAUGAUUACCAUGAAAAGGAGGUAGCAGAGUUAACUGGACAGAUAGGAUUUGACCCAGAGCCUCAAGAAAAAUUCCAUCCUGCCUUAAAACCCUCAAGACCGUUAGAAGGACGAAUUGCCCGAUUGAUUCAGAAUCAACGUUCUCUGGAGGCAAUUGUCCAGCAAAGACCACCUCCCUGUCCAGAUUGUACCCCUAGAGUUUUGUGUACUUUUCAUACCUUUGUACCCAGUUCUACAGAAAUAAUGGCACUUCGUGAUAAUAGACCAUCUGGUAUGACCUAUGAAAACCAGAAUAUUGAAGAAAAGCUUAAGGAAGAACAAAGCUUGCUGUCUACCUAUGCACUCCCACCUUGUUACCCAACGAAAAGCCUAAGUAGCAUUUAUGAUAUAAAACCAUUUCCAAAAAUCACAGAUACUAAAAAGUCAGAAGAUUUAUAUUGGAGACAGCUGUCAUUAAAACCCCAACCCAUACCUUACUGUAAAUCAAACCAUUACAUGCACUAUGGACACUUUAAACCUGCCAUGCAUGUUCAGUAUAUGUAUCAAAACCCUGCUAGACUUAGUAAAUCUAGUAUUGUACAAAAUAAAUCAGACAUGGACUCUUUCACUUUAGAACACUUUUUAAGUAAACCAGAAGAACGGUUGGGUUUGAACAUGGAGUGCAAUGAAGAAACAAAACCUAUUCUGGGUUGGAUUCCUAGAGCUGGAGUAGCCAAGCCUCAGACCAACCUGCUGGAGCUUAUGAACUCUUUUUCAAAAACUGGUGCACAAAAACGUUUCUAUAAAUCGAUUCUAGAAGACCAUAAAGACCUCAGGGAUAAAGGACAUUCAGGGAUGAGACACCAAUUCUAUGGCCAUAAUUCCCAUUAUUUCUAUAAUUGAAAUACUCAUUCUUCCUUUCAAAAUCCAGUUUCUUGGAAGAAAAGAAAAAAAUAACAGAAUUUUCAUGUUUUGGAUUCUGUUUUCUAGAUUAAGCCAUUAAUGACCUUAUUAAUAAGGUUUAUGUUUUCAGGAAUUUAGUUAGGAUUUGGCCAGAGGAAGCCAGAAAAUGUGAUGUUCUGACAUCUUGAAACAUUUAACAACUUGGCAAUAAAAUAUUAGAACUACAAAAAUUACCCAAAUCAUGAAAUACAAUGUGUACAACAAAGUUUACAUCAUUGCUGUUUUACAAUAAAUGAAAAUUUGGAAAAAAAA